GAAGAAGAAGAAAAACGAAAGAGGCUUCUAUUUGUCAAGGGACGAUUUGUUUGGAAAACUAAUUGAUAAUUUAGUGCCUUUAAAAUAUUAUUUUCGGAAUUGAUUACCUUAAAGAAAAAAGCUUUGUUGAAAAAUUGUACCGGUAGACGCAAAUGUAAAUUUGUUUAAGCAGUUUUAGUCCUACUGCUACGCGCCAUCCGUGUGGGAACGCGCGUUCGUUCUUAACUGAUUUGCGCGGUCGGCGUCCUCGGUUUUUAGAUUCCCUCUUUUUCCGACUUAACGCACCGAUAACGUUGAAAUGUAUAUUAAAUCAGUUAUAAUUGAUGGGUUCAAGUCCUAUGGGCGUCGAACAGAAAUCCAUGGCUUUGACAGCGAAUUCACAGCUAUUACCGGCUUGAACGGUACAGGCAAAUCGAAUAUAUUGGACUCAAUAUGCUUUGUGCUUGGUAUAAUGAAUCUUGGACAGGUGCGAGCCGCAUCACUUCAAGAUCUUGUAUACAAAAGCGGUCAAGCAGGCGUCACAAAGGCUACCGUUACUCUCAUAUUUGACAAUUCAGAUCCAAAUCAAUGCCCAUUGGGCUAUGAAAAAUGUCGAGAAAUCUCUGUAACUCGACAGAUUGUUGUUGGAGGCAAGAAUAAGUACCUUAUCAACGGAAAGUUGGUACAGAACAAAAAAGUGUCAGAUUUCUUCUGUUCAGUACAGUUGAACGUCAACAAUCCCAAUUUUUUGAUUAUGCAAGGACGUAUUACUAAAGUAUUGAAUAUGAAGCCGCAAGAGAUUUUAUCAAUGAUUGAGGAGGCAGCAGGCACUAGUAUGUAUGAAACUAAACGUGAGGCUACCACAAAACUGAUCGAGAAAAAGGAUGCUAAAGUACGCGAAACGAAUACACUUUUACAAGAAGAAGUUGAACCGAAAUUGGAAAAGUUGCGUCAGGAACGUUCAGCGUAUUUGGAAUUUCAAAAAAUAUGUCGAGAUAUUGAAUAUUUAACUCGCAUUCACAUAUCGUUUCGGUAUCUUAAGCAAAAGGAGGCACUCCGUUCUAUUGAACAACAAAUUGAAAAGCUAACUAACCGAAUUGAGAGUUGUAAAAAUACAAUUAAAGAUAAUAACAGCGAAACAGAACGCCUUGAAGAAGCGGCAAAACAAGUGCAAACGCAAAUUGAUGCCGACAGCGGUGGUGCGCUUAAAGAAGUGGAAGAACAACUUACCAAACAGGUGGUGGAGGAAGGUAAAGUGGCGGGUAGUUUAAAAUCGGCGCAAACUAGCAUCGAUCAAGAGCAAAAGAAACUGCGAACUUUGGAAAAAAAUAUAUUGGAAGACGAAAAAGCGCUAAAGCUGAAAGAGACUCAAAUGUCUAAGGUGCACGAUCUCUUUCAAAGCCUCAAAGAAGCGGAUGAGCGUGAUUCGCAAGCCUAUGAUGCGGCACAGAAAAAGUUUGAAGCAGUGACACAAGGUUUGUCUGUAGACGAGGAGGGCCAAUCAUUCUCGCUGCAGGAUCAGCUCAUAAACGCAAAGCAGCAACUCAGUCAGGCUGAGACUACACUUAAAACUGCUAGUAUGGAAUUAUCGCAUUGCAAGAAUGUUUUGAAGCAACGCGAGAAUGAUAAACAGUCCAAAGAUACAAUCUACGCUAAAGAUCAACAGUUGUCCGAGCAGCUUGAAAGUGAAAUUCAGUCUCUUAACCAAAAAAUGGCGACCAUUGAUUAUGAAGAUGGCAGCUUCGAGGCGCUGCAGGAAAGAAAAAAUGUAUUACAGCAAGAGAUACGUGAUUUAAAUCACCAGUUGGAUAGACGCAAUGCCUAUCGUUAUGAGUUGCAGUAUCGUGAUCCUGAACCGAACUUUGAUCGUUCAAAAAUGCGUGGCAUGGUGGGCAAAUUAUUCAAUGUGCGUGACGAAAAGAAUAAUCUCGCCUUAAUGAUGACUGCAGGUGGCAGUUUGUACAGUUAUGUGGCCGAUGAUGACACAACCAGCAAGAAAAUACUACAAAAGGGUCAGCUACAACAUCGUGUGACGAUCAUACCAAUUAAUAAAAUAACCUCUCAUCCGAUUGAUCAGAGCGUAAUUGAUUUCGCACAAAACUUGGUGGGAAAAGAAAAUGUGCAGUCUGCAUUGUCCUUAAUCGAAUAUGAUCGUUGCUUUGAUCCAGUAAUGAAAUUUGUCUUUGGUCACACUUUAAUUUGUCGCGAUUUGAACAUCGCUAAAAAGGUCACCUAUCAUCGCAACAUAUACUCGCGCUCGGUAACAUUGGAAGGUGACGUUGUUGACCCCCAGGGCACACUUUCUGGUGGCUCUCGUCCUAAAGGCAGCAAUGUUUUAGCUGAGUUGGCAGAAAUUAAAAGAUUGGAAAAAGAAAUAGCUGCACGCAAAAAGGAGCUACAUAAUAUUGAUCAAAAAUUACGCAUUACGACAGAGACUGCACGCAACUACAACCGCAUCAAGCAACAGUUGGAGCUGCGACAGCAUGAAUUGAACGCCUGUAAGCAACGUUUGGCGCAAAGUACAUUUCAACAGCACCAAGAGGAAAUUAAAGCAUUGCAACAUCAAAUAGAAACACUUGAAGAAGAUCUCGCUAAAGCUCGUGAAACACAGAAAACAGGGCGCAACAAAAUUAAAGAUAUCGAAGCAAAGAUUGCAGAUGCCAAGGGUUUUCGUGAGCGUGAGCUGAAAGCGGCGACAGAAGCCAUGAAGCAGGCGAAAAAGAAAUCGGAAGAGUCGCGUGACAAUUGGAAAAAGCGCGAGCAAGAAUUUGAAACUUUGCAAUUGGAAAUAAAUGAAUUGCAUAAGAGUAUCAAAUCGACCACAGAGCAACGAGACGAUAUGGCGGAAAGUAUAAAUAAAAUGAAAGCGAAUCUUAGUGAAUUGCGCGCCAACAGCUCGAGCAUUGCCGCUCUCGUAGCCAAUCUAAAGGAGCGCAUUAAAGAACAAAAAGAUAAAAUCAACUCACAAAAUAAAGAAUUAAAGAAUUUGCUAGUGAAAAAAGAGAAAUUGGCCAAAGCCAAUCAGGAUAUGACUUUAGAAAUUAAGAAAAAGGAAAAUGAAGUAAAUAAAGUACGUAACGACAGUAAGGACUCGUUCAGAAAAAUCGAAGCGUUAGAGGAAAAGUACCCUUGGAUUUUGGAGGAUCGCGACUUUUUCGGCACCAAAAAUACCAGAUAUGACUACUCGAAGGAGGAUCCCAUUGAAGCGGGUCAGAAAUUGACAGUAAUGCGUGAACAAAAGGAUAAAAUGGAGCGCCGUAUUAAUUUGCGCGCAAUGAUACUCCUCGAUCGCGAAGAGGAGCAAUAUCAAGAGACGAUGCGCCGGAAAAAGAUUGUUGAACAGGAUAAAGAAAAGAUAAAACAUAUUAUUUGUAAGAUGGAUGAGAAGAAGCGUGAGAAAGUGGAGAAAGCGUGGAAAGUUGUCGAUGAGAAUUUCAGCAGCAUAUUCAGCACAUUGUUGCAGGGUGCACAAGCGCGUCUGAAUCCCGUCAAGCAAUCGGGACAACUCAUGGGCUUAGAGAUAAAUGUUGGCUUCAAUGGCGUAUGGAAAGAGUCGCUAGGCGAACUUUCGGGCGGUCAACGUUCGCUGGUUGCUUUGUCGCUUGUAUUAGCUAUGCUUAAAUUUUCGCCUGCACCACUAUAUAUACUUGACGAAGUUGAUGCUGCUUUGGAUAUGUCGCAUACACAAAAUAUAGGUAAUAUGUUGAAGGCGCAUUUUACGGGUUCGCAGUUUAUAAUCGUUUCGCUGAAGGAUGGCAUGUUCAACAAUGCGAAUGUGCUAUUCCGCACCAAGUUUGAAGAGGGCGUUUCGGCGGUGACGCGUACGGUCAAUGCAAAACUGACGGCACGUGGACGCAGAUAAAGUAAAUUCACCGUUUUUUUUUAUUAAUAUUAUUUUAUAAUAUACUAAGAAUUCUCUGAUAAAUUGUACAUUCUAAAAAUGAAAAUAAAACUCUGUAAGCAGUAUCA